AUGGAUGCGUUCCUGCAAGGUAGAUCGGGAAUAAAGCCAAAAGCUGCUCCUGCUGCUGCCGUACCAGCUACUCCCCAGUUUGUACCAUGGGUAGAGAAAUACCGCCCUCGUACUGUCAAUGAAGUAUCUCACCAGGACGAGGUUGUUGCUGUGUUGAAGAAGUGUUUGGAAGGAGAUGACAUUCCUAAUUUUCUGUUUUAUGGUCCUCCAGGUACAGGAAAAACUUCAACAAUUCUAGCCCUAACACGUCAAAUGUUUGGAGUUGAGUAUAAAAACAGGGUAUUGGAGCUUAAUGCUUCAGAUGAGAGGGGUAUUCAAGUUGUCAGAGACAAGAUUAAAAACUUCGCCCAGCUGGCAGCUUUUGCCAAAACCGUUGGUGGCCUCAAGAUACCAGGCAUAAAAAUGGUGAUACUUGAUGAAGCAGAUUCAAUGACAAAUGCUGCUCAAUCAGCAUUGAGGCGUACCAUGGAGAAAUACACUAAAACAACACGGUUUUGUCUAAUUUGUAACUAUGUCAGCAGAAUAAUAGCUCCAAUCACUUCACGUUGUGCUAAGUUCAGGUUCAAACCACUGGAUACCACCGUACUGGAUGACAGGAUAAAGCACAUUUGCAAAGAAGAGAAAGUAACAUGUGGUGAAGACGUCAUAGAAGUGAUCAGGAAAGUGAGUGGUGGUGAUCUUCGUAAGGCUAUUACCUACCUGCAGAGCAGUGCUAGACUAAAGGUAGACGAGGAGGUAACCACACAAGACAUACACGAUAUAGCAGGGGUGGUGCCACAAGAGGUUGUGGAGCGGGUGCUGGAACUCGCUAAAUCAGGAAAUUACACUAAACUUCAGCAUGGUAUUGAGGAUUUGAUGCAUGAUGCUUACAGUGCUUCCCAAAUAUUAGAACAGUUACAUGACAUGGUGUUGGAAGAUGGCACUUUGCCUGAUAAACAGAAAUCUGUGAUUAUGGAGGAGAUCGCCAAGACGGACAAACGUUUGCUUGACGGUGGUGAUGAGUAUUUACAGAUCAUGUCUCUGGUGACGGUUGUUAUGUCUCAGUACACUGAUUUGUAGUCUAGUUGAUGGACAUCAAUAAUGUUAAAUUUCAGUAUAGCUAUUAGCUAUGGUAUAUGCAUGUGCCAAUUGUCCUAUAACAUU